AUGCUUAUCCUUGAUUCAAAAGUUGUCUGUGUUUCGAGCUCGUGUCAAACCGAAUCAUGUGGAAAUGUAAAAAUCCCCUACCCGUUUGGAAUCGGAAAAGGUUGCUACCUCGACGAGUGGUACAAGAUCGAAUGCAAAAACGCUACUCUUCCGUUCCUUUUCAAGAUUGGAUUACAAGUUGUGAAUAUCUCUCUUCCGGGUGACAGGGAGGGUUAUUACGAUUCCGGUUCGUUCGGGUCAAUUCGUGUGAGAAGCCCGGUAACAUCCGCUGGAUGUUCCAGAGAUGGAAACGGGUCUGGCUCGGUUUUGAACUUGACGGAUAGUCCUUUCUUCUUUGGGAUUGGAAACAGCCUUGUAGCCGUUGGUUGCGACAGCAAAGCGUCGUUGACUAACAUCGAACCGAUCAAAGUGGGAUGUGAGUUGAAUUGUACAGCAAGUAAAGAGACGUUACCUAGCAAAAGCAUCCCCUUUUUCGACAAAACCGGGUGUUCCAGUAACACGUUGCGUUAUACUUACACACCGGCUUGUACUGAGAACAAAGGAGAAGUAGAAAGACGAAGCUGCAAUGGUAACGGAUGUUGCCGUGCAAGUUUACCCGUUGAUGAGGCUCAACAAGUAAUUGGUGUUAAAAUAGAAAGCUUUGAUCGUGGAAACUUUACAAGCCGAAAAUGCCGAGUCGCUUUCUUAACAGAUGAAGUCUACACGUUAUCGAAUGCAACCGAUCCAGAAAAGUUAUUUUCUAAGGGAUACGUUACAGUUAGGAUCGGCUGGGUCUUUCAGACGACGAACCUUUCUUACAUAAACUCCUUGAGCUGUAUAAACACGAAAGAGUUCGAUGACUUUAGAGGUAAUAUCCGAGACAGAACAAGUUGUGUAUGCAGCAAUAUCACCAUUUCUCGGACAAAUUAUGCAAACUGUGGAUGCAACCAAGGUUACACAGGGAAUCCAUACCGCCUUGAUGGAUGCAAAGUGCAAUACAAUAAUCACAAUCUUUCGUAUCCAGAUAUUAAUGAGUGCCACCUACGCAAACCUGAUGGAAGUCGCCGGUAUUGUAGAGAGAGCGACACUUGCGUAAAUCUUCCUGGAAGUUUUGAUUGCUUUAGCGACAAGACUGGAGCAAUAAUGAUAGGUGUAGGUACAGGUUUGGGCAUCUUAGUCCUUGUUGGUGGAAUUUGGUGGUUGAGAAAGUUUCUUGACAAGAGAAGGAUGACUAUAAAGAAAAAGAAGUUCUUCAAACGUAACGGGGGGCUGUUGUUGCAACAACAAUUACAUACAAGAGAAGGCAGUGUCGAGAAAACAAGAAUAUUCAGCUCGGUGGAGCUUGAAAAAGCCACCGAAAACUUCAGCGAAAACAGGAUACUUGGACGGGGUGGUCAAGGCACUGUGUACAAGGGAAUGCUUGUCGAUGGUAGAACGGUUGCUGUCAAGAAAUCCAAAGUUGUAGACGAAGACAAACUAGAAGAGUUCAUCAACGAAGUCGUCAUUCUCUCCCAAAUCAACCAUAGGCAUGUUGUCAAGCUCCUAGGGUGUUGUCUUGAGACAGAAGUUCCUAUUUUGGUCUAUGAGUUUAUCCCCAAUGGGAACCUUUUUGAGCACAUCCAUGAAGAAUCUGAUGAUUACUCAAUGAUUUGGGGUGUGCGUCUGCGCAUUGCGGUUGAUAUUGCAGGAGCUCUUUCUUACUUGCACUCUGCUGCUUCUUCUCCAAUCUAUCACAGAGAUGUCAAGUCAACAAACAUAUUACUAGACGAGAAGUAUCGAGCCAAGGUGUCGGAUUUCGGUACUUCAAGAUCAGUGACUGUCGAUCACACUCACUGGACAACAGUUAUUUCGGGUACAGUCGGAUAUAUGGAUCCAGAAUACUACGGGUCCAGCCAGUAUACGAACAAGAGUGAUGUUUACAGCUUUGGGGUUGUCCUCGUUGAGCUUAUUACAGGAGAGAAGCCUGUAAUAACCCUUUCAAAAUCUCAAGAAAUCAGGGGCUUGGCAGAGCAUUUCAGAGUUGCCAUGAAAGAGAACACAUUCUUUGAGAUUAUGGAUGCUCGAAUAAGAGAUGCCUGCAAACCGGAACAAGUAAUGGCAGUGGCGAAUCUGGCAAAGAGAUGCUUGAAUUCAAAAGGAAAGAAGCGGCCAAAUAUGAGACAAGUGUCUAUCGAGUUAGAGAAGAUAUGUUCAUCUCCAGGGGAUUCAAUGGCGCAUAUUGAAAAUGACAAUGGUGAUGAUGAUGAAGAUGAAGAAGGAAUGAGUACAAUAGGCAUAGCUGAUUUAUGGACAAUUGGUGCUACUGCUCCAGCAUCUAAUAUUGUCACUUCACAUUCCUCAUUGGAAAUUGAACCUUUGAUUCCUCAUCCCACAUGGUAA